AUGACGAUUUUGUUCUCGGGCGAGCAAGAGCUGCUCAUCUCCGUUGUACUUGUCUUUCUUGCUUUCCUCUACUUGUACAUCAGGUCUAGUAGUAGAUCACAUGGUCAAUCAGUGCUCCCCGCAGAUUGGCCAAUAGUGCACAUGUUGCCUGGAGUCAUUGCCAACCUCCAUAAUGCACAUGACUAUUUUGCUGCUAUCCUUACUGAAGCAGGCCACAACUUCAGGGUACAUAUUCCCCAAAGGCACAUAUUUCUCACUUGUGACCCUGGGAACGUCCGGCACAUCUUCACAACGAACCACGCAAACUUCCCCAAGGGCCUCGAGUUUGCAGCCAUCUUCGACAUCAUGGAUGGAGGCAUCUUCACAGUCGACGGUGAGCCAUGGCGACGGCAGCGCACAAAAUUCCAGAGCGUGCUCAGCAGCCCAGGGUUGGUUUCCAGUAUGGCGGCAUGCUGCCGCGACAAGGUAGAGAAUGGCCUCCUCCCCUUUUUUACCCACAUGGCAAGCACUGACACUCCAUUUGACAUGCAAGAAGUGAUUUCGAGGUUUGUGUUUGACUUGGCUGCCACGCCUCUCUUCGGCGUGGACCCUAGCCUCCUGUCCUCGGACAUGCCGUCCAUGGACGUUGCAGUUGCCAUGGACACGGUUAUGGAGGUAGGCUUUUUUCGGCACGUCAUGCCGGCCUCUUGUUGGAAAGCUAUGAGGAGGCUAAAUAUCGGCCCGGAGAGAAAGCUUGAUGAGGCACACAAGGUGAUACGAGGCUUUUUCAUGGAGAUGAUUGAGAAGAAAAAGAUCAAUGGAGGAUGUGUUUGUAAUAACGGGGAGAAAGAGCGUGUGGAUGUUCUGUCCUCCUACAUCAAUGACCCAGACUACGCAGACGAUGACUUGCUCCGUGCGACGCUCCUUAGCCUCAUGCUCGGUGGGAGGGACACAAUUGGCACCACCUUGCCAUGGAUCUUCUAUAUCCUUGCCAAGAACCCUAACAUCGUUUCAAUCAUACGCAAUGAACUCUCACCCAUUGCAUCACACAAAGUAGCCAUGGGUAAGAGUUCCAUGGUGAUCUUUGAGCCAGAGGAGACCAAACAUUUGGUCUACCUAAAAGCUGCCCUAUAUGAGACUCUCAGGUUGUACCCAUCAGCACCAAUUGAGCGCAAGACAGUGGCUACCGAUGAUAUCAUGCCGAGUGGCCAUGAGGUGCACACCGGCGAUACUAUCCUUAUUUCUCUCUACUCCAUGGCGAGAAUGGAGGGCGUGUGGGGUAAAGACUGUCGCGACUAUAACCCACAUAGGUGGCUCUCAGAAGAUGGUAACAAGUUGAUGUAUGUACCGUCUCACAAGUUCUUGUCCUUCAACUCAGGCCCAAGGAUGUGCCCUGGAAAGGACAUCGCUGUUGUGCAGAUGAAAACCGUUGUCGCGGCAGUGGUUUGGAACUUUGACAUGGAGGUGGUGGAAGGGCAGAGCAUCCAGCCCAAGCUGUCUUGUACACUACAGAUGAAAAAUGGGCUCAUGAUGAUCCUGAAGAAGCGAGAAAUAUAGAAGUAGACUCUUUGUUUAUAAAUUUCAUAUGAAUAACGCAUCCAUCAUGGAUGCUUUAUUGCAGAACAUGAAGUUAUAUGUUUGGUUAUGUUUAACACUUCGCUUGGAAGUUAUUAUACUCCUCAUGUGCAUGAAAUGUAUCAUAUAUUUGUAAAAAAGGGUUCCUGACCACGUGAGACAUUUGUAAAACCUCUGGUAUAUAUGAGGCAUCCAAAUAUUAUGCAUCGAUGCAUACUCUG